GGUACAGCUACUUCCGGUUUCUGGCUCCGUUUCCGGCUUUUGGUUGUUUCGGGACGCCGGGCCGGUCUCAGGCUGUUUGGACGGUUUAACCCAAAAGAUGGAUAUCAGACCAAACCAUACAAUUUAUAUCAACAAUAUGAAUGACAAAAUUAAAAAAGAAGAAUUGAAGAGAUCCCUGUAUGCCCUGUUUUCUCAGUUUGGCCAUGUUGUAGAUAUUGUAGCUUUAAAGACCAUGAAAAUGAGGGGGCAAGCCUUUGUUAUAUUUAAAGAAUUGGGCUCAUCCACAAAUGCCUUGAGACAGUUACAAGGAUUUCCAUUUUAUGGUAAACCAAUGCGAAUCCAGUAUGCAAAAACAGAUUCAGAUAUAAUAUCUAAAAUGCGUGGCACGUUUGCUGACAAAGAAAAGAAAAAAGAAAAGAAGAAAGCCAAAACUGUGGAACAGACAGCGCUGACUGCUAAUAAGAAGCCUGGUCUGGGAGCACCAAAUUCAGUUAACACCCAAGGAAAUGCAACGCCAAAUCCUCAGGUCCCUGAUUACCCUCCUAACUAUAUUUUAUUCCUUAAUAAUUUACCAGAAGAGACUAAUGAGAUGAUGUUAUCCAUGCUGUUUAAUCAGUUCCCUGGUUUCAAAGAAGUACGUUUGGUACCUGGGAGGCAUGACAUUGCAUUUGUUGAAUUUGAAAAUGAUGGACAGGCUGGAGCUGCCAGGGAUGCUUUACAAGGAUUUAAGAUCACACCAUCUCAUGCCAUGAAGAUCACCUAUGCCAAGAAAUAACAUUUGGGAGAGUUGUCUUUAAAGGACUUGGUGUUAUUUAUAGUGUUUGUUUUCAUAACAAUUGGUCAGGCCAUUUUAAUAGUUGGGGCUGGAGGAAAUGCAAGUAAAAUUUUUGUGUAGGUUUCUAAAAAUUACUUACUAGUGAACCAUGAAAUGUGAAGGCCUUAAUUUUGUACAAUAAAGUUUUAUACAUAAUACUUCAUUUAUUUGC